UGUCUCUCCCGGGCUGUGCCACCUGUGCGUAGUAGUGUUCAUCGGCAUGGCGCCUCGAAGGGCGCAUACCAAGUCGCGGAAUGGAUGCGAUCAAUGCAAGAAACGACGAGUCAAGUGUGACGAGCGAGGCCCACCAUGCUCAAAUUGCAUCUCUCGCGAACUGCCCUGCACGUAUACAAGGUCCUCUGUCGCCCGCACAGUGGCCAAUUCCUCAUCCGCUAGUCCCGCGCCGAUCCCGCACGCGUAUCGGACCGCCGGACCAGCCCAUGGCUUCGCUGUCGCUGGGACUACCAGUCCGUCGGACUUCUCUCGGAAACGGGAGCUCGAGCUAAUGCAUAAAUACUCCACCGAGACAUAUCAGAGCCUCAGUAACGAGCCUGCCGACUACCAGGUCUGGCAGAUGGUUCUUCCGCGGAAGGCGCUGGAAUUCGACUUUCUGAUGAACGGCCUGUUAGCCGUCGCGUCGCUGCAUACCGCCGCUUCGAUAGACUCACCAGAAGCCCUGUCCUAUAUUGAUUCCGCGCUCGAGUACCAUAAUCUGGCCUCCGCGCCGUACCGCCAGGCAAUCGACAACAUCAGCCCUAUCAACUGCGAUGCUGUGUUCGCGCAUGCCAUCAUUACCACCGUCAUCGGCAUCGCCCUGCCCCAGCUGACCGCCGAUCGCAUCGAAAGCACCACCAUGACCGAGAACAUCUUUGUGGUGUUCGAACUACUCCAGGGAGUCGGGAAUAUCCUCCAGAUCAGCAGACCGUGGCUGAAAACAACAUACUUUACCUCUCGUCGCGGCUUCUUCGAUGUACCGCUCGCGUCGCUGGACGCUGACGCCGAAGCUUCCUUUUCGCAGUUAACGGCGACAAAUAACACAAUGUUGGAAACCUCAGACCCUGAUCAACACCGCAUUAUGAAAGACGCUAUCGAGCAGCUGCACCGGUGCUUUCGCCGGUUUGCCUACGCGCAUGACCCUGCGUCUGUUAUUUCGUGGUUGUCUACGGUGAAAAAGGACUUUGUUCAUUCGCUGAGAGGCCACCAUCCUAUAUCAUUGCUGGUGCUAAUGCAUUGGACUGUUAUUUUGAAUGAGCUCGAUGGGAAAAUGUGGUGGGCGAGAAAUUCGGGCAAUUCGCUGGGGGCGGAGCUGUCGAGGGAAUUGCGUUCGGGCGAUCCUCGAUUAGAGGGGGCUUGGGCUUGGCCGAAGAGGAAAUUGGGUAUAUAAAGUGAUGUUAAGUAGGAUCUGGGAUGUGAUUUGCAUAUAGAACACCGCUGUUCCGGAGCCAUACUUCAAUUGCAUAGAUUGGAGUGCAGAGACAGAAUGAUAGAGCUUUCAUGUAUAUACUUUACUAAACGGUUGAUGGCGUUUAUAUUGCU